AUGCGUGUGCCAGUCAGCAUUCCUGGCAGCUUUAUGGUCCACUGGAAAACCGCCCGAUUAGGCCAGCUACACCUGCCCACCGUCUUCACAACUAGCGUGAGCCCUCUGCACAUCCGCAGGCUAAACAAGACGGGCCAUCUUUUUGGAGCCGCAAUUUUGCCAAAUGGUUUUUCUGGAGGAAAAAAAUGGGGAAUAGUGGACAGUGUCAUCUGUGCAUUGCCGGAUGCCUGGAAGGGAGAGGACCUCCUGAGAAUCCCUCACGAGCUGUACCAGCCCUGCCCACUUCCUUCUGCGGACCUGGAGUCCUCGCAGAGGGGGGGGCUAGGUUCCACCCGCUCGGCUGUCCCCAGGCCUCCUGAGAACCACGGGGCAGGGGACCGAGACCAUGCACAGUGUGAGCCCAAGCCCAAGCCCAGGCCGGCCAAUCUGCGGCAUGCCGUGGCCACCGUCAUCAUCACCGGGGUCGUGUGCGGGGUCGUGUGUCUCAUGAUGGUGGCGGCUGCCAUCUACGGCUGCACCUAUGCGGCCGUUACAGCCCAGGGGCACGGACGGCCCACGGCCCAAACCAGUGAGCCUGCAAAGACAGAAGGCAAAGAUCUGUGUGACAGCUCAGAAGCCUGAGGGCUUUCGUCUCAAAAAGAAACAAUCGUUUUAGGCCUGAGGAAUGCACCUGAGUAAGGCUGAUGCACACUCACUCUUUACUGCCUCAUUUUGCUUCUCAAAGAAAGAAAAAAAUAUGUCUGCAGAAAUAUAUUUCUGGGAACAAAUUUAUGUUGCGAUUUAAAAAAUGCCAUACAUGAAAUAGAGAUGAUACCUGUGCUCUUCCUGAGGAGUUAAUUACCCCACGUGGAGGAAAGCUGCAUGACCAAGGGCAGAUGGCAUCUCUUUCAGGUAAUCCUCUCUGCACUAAGCUGCUUUUACAGGGCAACAGAGAUCCGAAUGCGUGUGCCAGUCAGCAUUCCUGGCAGCUUUACGGUCCACCGGAAAACCGCCCGAUUGUGAGUGCCUGGGAAGAAGCUAGCGAUCUCACCCGAGGGGCACUGGAUGCCUCUAUAAUUCAAGUUCAUGCUAGAUCUCUGAGACUUUUAGAAGUUCUGUAGAUUAUAUAUUUAAUGGGAGCAUCUGUUGGUUGGGAAUUGUGUAGCUUGCCCACAAGAGUCAGAUUAUAUUUAAUUUUCUAAAUCAGAAAACCAUUUGGGGCUUUCUAGGCCACAGAGGAAGAGGGGUUCUGUGUCUGAAUAAUGGGACACAGGCCCAGGGUCUGGGGAAGUUUUCUGAUGCGAAGGUAAAUAACAUAUAAACAAACACAAAGAGGAAGGGAAGCUGGAAUCCGGGGCCAAAAGGCUGUAUCCACCAAGUGACUGGAACCUUCCAUUUAUAACUCUCACAGCAGGAAUGAAUUUAGGGUGGGCUGAGAGUGAGAUAAUGGCUUGUGUGUAUCUGUAUCUACAUACAUAAUAUAUCUACAUACAAGAGGGCACAGACUUGUACAACCACACCCACACAUAAACAUAUGCAGAGCAAUCAGUUUACCCACUAAUGAAAUGCAGCCGUAGCAGAAUGGAAGCCAACAGCUGUUGACCACCACCCAGACUGUCUACUCAACACUCUGGGAUAGGAAGUAAGAAGGAAGUCUGAAGAGAGUGGGAAUUGUCAAGAGACUCGAGAUACGUGGCAGCAGCCAACCUGAACAUUAUUUAGGCCAUGGUUUAAAAAAAUCAGGUGUGGCUUGCUUUACUCUACAGACACGGUCCUGAGGAGUUGCAUGCAAAGUGAAUUUUUGUAAAUUGAAUCAUCAUUUGAAUGCAGCAGGGGAGCCCGCUAUUUAAAGGAACCUUUCAUGGAAUCUUUCUGUAACGGCAAUAAUUGGCUCCAGAUUUGUGCAUUUUGGAAAUUUGCAUUUCUCAUGCUAGGCUUUCUUAAAGUUGAAUCUACCUGCUCUCCGUCAUGAUGCCACAUCUCGUACCUAGAGACACCUGUUUGUAUUAAAAUUAUUUCACAAAGAGAAGUUAAGGAUAUGUCAAAAGCAGAGAAUGGCAAAUACAGGGCAAGCUGCCCCUCCAGAGGCCUUGACAGACAUCGCUAAUCAAUCCCAGCACCCUCCCAGCUGAGCCCUAAUGCAACACAGAUGUCUUCUUAAGACAGCACUGUCGGCAACCAGAACUAAUCAAUUGGAAUUGGUUCAAAGGAUAAAAUACGUUUGCCAUUCAGGAUACUGGAUCUACGCUCACUCCUUCAGGCCAUGUAAAACUUGGUUUGUAUCCCGAGUCAGUAGUCCAUUCCCUAACCUGGAAUAUGAAUGGGGUCCACACAUGCAGGAGUACUGCCUCCCUGUCUGAAGUGGCCCAUGGCGUACAGAGGCUGGGGGAAGUGGACUGAUGAGCCUGUCACAGCCCACCUCGCAGGACACACACACUGGUGUGCUCCUUGUCACCCCAGAGGCCAGCUACACCUGCCCACCGUCUUCACAACUAGUGUGAGCCCUCUGCACAUCCGCAGGCUAAACAAGACGGGCCAUCUUUUUGGAGCCGCAAUUUUGCCAAAAUGGUUUUUCUGGAGGAAAAAAAUGUAAGUUUUGAUGUUAAUUUUUUUCCUGAAUAUUUAAAUACACCUGGAUAAGCUAAAGAGCAGACUGAAAAAUAAGUAUGAAUUUUAAGAGCAGAAGGCGAUGCUAGAGAAACCCAGCUGUGACAUCAGCUCCAUCCCAGCACCCCAGUCUCCUUUCUGCUUCGUCUCCUAUUCCACCUCAGCAGGAGAAGCUGGGCAUCUGGUCUAAGGAUGUAAUAACUACCUUCCAGGUGAGAAAGUCUCUCUUUCCCUUGUCCUGGACUGUGAGUUCUCAGCCAAGAAAGCCAUACAGGAAAGGAAAUUUAGAAGAUGUUUUUAUGCGUUGUCCCCACCGCACCAAGUGUUUCCAAAGCUCGCACUAUGUACCAGGCACAGUGAGAGGCGUUCUCGCGAGCGCUCUUCAUGUAAUCCGGGCAAUACUUGAACAGACAUUACAUAAGCUGGGAACUAUGGGCCAAUAACGCAUGCCUCUCUCACUGCCAUGAUUCGAGACCGUAAUGCACCGUGCUCUCUGCCAGAGGUCGGUGACACAGCAGGUCACCCCUGCACUCCCGCCCACAGUGACAACAUGACUGAGCACCCAACAUACCACAAAAACCCUGAACUUGGCUAGCAUCCUAACCUGUCCACCCCCAUGUCCUGUUAGAUUUCUUAGAGUAGAUGGUAACUCAGGCAAAUAGAUUCCUGCUUUAGGAAAUCUUUAGGGGAAAUGAUUAAAGUAAGGCAUCCAUAUAUUCACAUUUCUAUCUUUUGCCUACAGUUACCACCAACAGCAGUUGGCAAUGAAAAUAAUUACCCUGAAAUGUCAACAGCCUCUCAGAACAUAAAAAUAUAAAUCAAAUUGUUUAGAUUAACAGAUGCGGAGUUAUCAUUUGUUAAUAAGAGAAAUGAAAUGUUUUAACUGUAAAAAACAUUGCAGAUGAAAGACCCAAUUUGCAGGGUAUUCUGUGAGAACCACAAAUUAUCUUGCGCAACCAUUAUAGCUCAUGAGGGGUAAUUUGCAGAUGCCUCAUAGAUUAUUUUCAGCUGUUUACUGCUGCUGUCCUAUUCAUAGAUUCCCCCCUAAAAACGCCCUUCGGUCAUAGAGCCUGGCCGAGGGUACACUGUGAACAAAAAUCACACUUAGUAUUGAUUGUUUCUGAGAAAACCAUCUGAAAUAGAGCUUUUUCAUCACAUUUAGUGGAACAGUGUGACUUUAGACUGAUGAUUUUUGCUUUGCCAGAGAUCACACAUUCACAAUAGCAGGGCCUAACAGGUGCCACACUGUCUGAAGUGAGGUGUAUAAAGAAUGAAGAAGGUACUGGCCACAGGGAUUGUAGUGAAAGAGGACCUAGUGUCAGAAGUAUACCUGCAAAGCUUUUAAAAUUAAGGCAAACAUCCCUGACCCAGAAAAAUCUUGUGCUUAAGAUGAUAAGGUACCAAUGGACAACUGGGUGUUUUGUUUUUCCUUACAAAAAAUGGAAGACUGAGAAGUGAUUCACACCACUUCCUCCUGAAGGGUCAUAAAAAUCAAAUCUUGUUAUGCAGGUAAACGGAGUUGUUCCAGAAACAAGAUACUCUUGUCUCAGAUCCUAAAUAUCAAAGGAAGUUGCCAAAUCAAUUUCUAAAAUAAUCUAUCUGUAGCGCACCUUACUAUAAUUGUACAAUUUUAGAAACCUAUAACUUUCUAUAGCAGAUUGGGAAAUAGCUGCUUCGAGUUUGGCCAAACCACCAGUGUGUCAAUUGCUAAAUUAUAUUAGACAGAUACCUACCAGCAAAUGAAAUUCAGACCCCUCACGGCAUCACUAGGCUGUGGUUUCUGUGCGCAAGUUCAGGGAGCUAUCCCAGCUCCCUUUUGAUGAAAGUGAUUUAUUUCUUUCAGUUUUCAAAUGACACUGAGGUCCCAGAGAAACCCUCACCCUAUCUGGAGAAGGACCUUUGUGAUUUACCCCUGUCCCUUCAGAGUCUUGGUUGGAAUGUCCACAUCUACUUUUCACCCUGAUGGUACUGAAUCUUCACUCGGAUAGAUAGGAUGUCACCCAGUUACAAAGGCCCAUCCAGAAGUCCCAGAGAAGAACCAAAGGACGGUGGGGUGGGCUGGGAAGGUCCUGGGAGAGCAUUUUGGGGAGGCCUGGCAAAUUUCGGCAUAGCUGCGGCUACAUAUCUACCCACUUUGGACACUGCUAAUCGAUCAUGGCGAACUUAGCCACUGAACCCGGCCAAGCCCUCAGAAUCCUUUUAAAUCUGUUUAAAUACUCAAUACUGAUCAACUAGAGUUGACAUAUGAGAUUAAACCUAUUUGCU